ACCCAAGUUCCCAGAAGGGCCUGCCCGCCUCCGCAGCCUCCACCUAGCAAGGGAGUUUGGAGAGGGCCAGGCUGUUGUAGCUCCUGGAACUCCUCAGAGAUGGCGGGACAAACCAUCCCAGACUGCAGACAGCGCUCUGGGUUAACCAAGGAUUGAUUGAUUGCCUUACUGUUGCUGGACCGAGGCAGCCAAGCCUAGCCUAGUGGCCCUGGAGCGUCUCCAGCACCCGGGUGGGGCACGGAGGGAGCGCCCAGUCACUCACCCCGGCAUGUGGGCGCGGCGGGGCGGGCCAGGGCUCUGAGCUGGACGCUGAGGUCCUUCUGGGCCCUAGUGUUUGCCCAGCCUGCCCUCUUGGCUGAGUCUCAGCCGGUCUCCCUUCUUUUCCCGGACAGCUGCCGAAGGCAAUCUGAAGGUGUCUGGUGCUUAGGCCACCUUGCUCAGGGUCCUUAGCAGGUUUCUCCACUGAACAGCAUUGAGGAAGGGAACCUCUCUCUGCUGAGUUCCUGUCCCACUGGGUCGCUACUGCCAGGUGUUCCAAGCUCUGGGGAGGUCUGUGGAGGUGCCCAAGUGACAGCCUGCUGGUGGCAUACGUCAUUUCCAGAAGCUUCUGCUGCAGGUGGAGACGUUUUUGUGAUCAGCAAGCAUGCUGAAACAGAUACUGGCAGAUAUGUUCAUAGACCCUGACCUGCUGGCAGAGCUCAGUGAAGAGCAGAAGCAGAUCUUGUUUUACAAGAUGAGGGAGGAACAGAUCCGACGAUGGAAAGAAAGAGAAGCAGCCAUGGAAAGAAAAGAGUCCUUGCCAGUGAAAUCCAGACCAAAGAAAGAGAAUGACAAGUCUGUCCAUUGGAAGCUGGGCGCUGAUAAGAAGGUGUGGGUUUGGGUGAUGGGCGAACACCAUCUUGACAAGCCCUAUGACGUACUCUGCGAUGAGAUCCUGGCUGAGAGGGCCCGUCUAAGAGCAGCACAGGACCCAGAGCUCAGCAGGAAAGCUCAGUCUGCAGAAAUCCCCAAUAGCUCGAGAACAAAGUCACAGAACUGUGUUCAGCCAGAACUCCAGAAGCUGGAACCUCAGAAUGUCACCAGGAAGACAACUGCAGAGGAGACAUCAGGACAAGGACCCAGAGCAAUACCAACCAAGGGUGAAGACAGAGCCCACACUAAAGAACCUAUCAAGAACAAAGAAGGCGAAGAAACAAAACAAACAGAGGAUGAGAAAACCAAGCAGAUAUACAAGAGCUGGAAAGAGGAUUCCGAGUGGCAGGCAUCUUUGCGGAAAUCCAAGGCAGCUGACGAGAAGAGACGUUCCUUAGCCAAGCAAGCACGGGAAGACUACAAGAGGCUGUCCCAAAGGGGAAGGAGCGGAGAGGGGCUGCAGAACCCUUUGGCUGGUCCACAGAAGCCCAAAAGACCUCCUCUUCCCCCGAAGCCCCAGUUCCUGCACCCACUAGGAAACUCUCCACAGUCUUUAGGGAAUCAGGGAGUGGCAAGGACAGAGUCCAGCUCCACCCAGGAGGACAUCAUCCGAUGGUUCAAAGAGGAACAACUGCCACUCCGUGCAGGUUACAAGAAAAACUCAGACACCAUUGCUCCCUGGUUCCAUGGGAUUCUCACGCUGAAGAAAGCCAGCGAGCUCCUGAGCAGCACAGGCAAACCGGGCAGUUUUCUGAUCCGAGUCAGUGAAAAGAUCAAGGGCUACGCCCUGUCCUAUCUGUCGGAGGAGGAGGGCUGCAAACACUUCCUCAUAGAUGCCUCCGCUGACUCUUACAGCUUCCUGGGUGUGGACCAGCUGCAGCACGGCACCCUGGCAGAUUUGGUGGAAUAUCACAAGGAAGAGCCCAUAACCUCUCUGGGGAAGGAACUCCUGAUGUACCCCUGUGGUCAACAAGACAAGCUACCCGACUACCUGGAGCUCUUUGAGUGACAGCUCUCAUCUGGAUCAACCUCCAGCCGGUUUGUCCUCUGGACAGAAACCUCCGAGGUGGACUUCGCAUGUGAUGCCAAAGCCAUUAUGUGACAGAGCCAACAGUGAGCGAUGUCCGUGAGGUCUUAACUGAAGCCUCUGUUCUGCAUAAACACUGGAUAUCAGUUCAAGGGGCCAUGACCUCUCCCUCACCCUCAUUCUGGAGGGAAAAGGGAGAAGUGGACCCAUUUCAACAACAUCCUAAUAUGAAGGAUGGGACCUUGAAGGACAGGGCUGCAAUAAUGUAUAAAAGAUAAAUAACAGGGUAAAUUGAAAUCUCUUUAGCAAUUAAGGUGUUACUCUAAAAAAAAUCAAAACAAUAGCAACCACAGAAAAUGAGUAAGCUAUUUUGUGAACUACAGGCAUCCUUUUGGUAUUUAGUCAAAGGUCUCAGUCUCCUGCUUAUAGCUUGGCUUUAAAAUGCCAGGUGAAAAUGUUCUCACUCAGGACUGAGAUUCUCCUCAAAAGACAACCUUUUCUGUGUGUUGCUGGAACCAGGAUUUAGCAGACAGAAAAGCAAGUCCCAACUGUGAAUUGAUGUGAACUGGGAUGGACAAGAGACUUACCAUGUACUACAAACAAACAAAAACCAACCAAUCAACCAAACAAAUGAACACACACACACACACACACACACACACACACACACACACACACACAUACACACACAGUAAUAGUAGGGAAACGGGGCAUCUUAUAGCUUGUUCGUCCUUUUGCUCUGCCUCCCUCACCUCUAUCUGUGAGCAGAUACUAAAGGUGAUGUGCAUGGCCAUGUUAGGACUCCUGUGUUCAUGGUACAAAGAGAACACAGUGAGUGGUUUGAAUGCCACCUACUGAGAGCUGAAUUGUGAGCGACACCAAAAGUAUGUGAGUCCUGACCUCCCUGUCCACAGGUGUGAGCUGAUGUGGAAACAGGGUCUCUGCAGACUAGAUAAGUAGGGUAGGCCCUGACCCUCAUGACUGACGUCUGCACAAGGAAGAGAGCUUUAGAAAAUGACACACGGAAAGAUGAAGGCUAAGGGACCACAGACACAGAGAGUGAGUAACGCGACUGUGAUCAGGGAAGGCCAGUAAUUGUGGAAGACGACAGGACCCAGGGCUCGCUUCUCCCUGAAGCUCUAGAAGAAACACAGCCUUGUUCCAACUUGUCUGCACCACCGUCUGAGCCUUCUGGGCUUUAGAACUGUGAGGUAAUAACCGUCAAAGUCACUGCAGAGCUGGUGGCUUUACAGCGCUCUCCGAAACCUCGUGCAAGAGCUUAUGUAGCCCAGGCCCUACACGCAUUCCCUGGCCUUGCUCCUUGUCACAGCCUGCACCGUCACUGUGAAAUGAAACCUGGGUAUGGGAGGAACGUUCCAAGCAAUGCUGUCCAGCCCUGGGACACAGAUUUAUUCAACCAGAAAUCUCCUGCCCUGCAUCAUCCUGAAAUCAAAUCCGCAGUCAUUCUCAGCUCAGAUCCAUGAGAUGGCGACAAGGAGGCUGCGAGGCAUUCAGUGCCACUUUUCCCAGAGGAAGGAACUUUGCUAAGCCCAUCUGUGCUGGCUUUCUCUCACUGGCCUCUUACCCGAAGUAGAAGGGCGCUGCAGGUGUCCCUUGUGUGCACCAUUCAGAUGAACAAUGUACCAACAUCGAGGCUGGCGUGCACCAGCGAGGAAACUGAAAUUCGGAUCAUUGUCAACUGUUUCUUGAAAUAGUUCACGUGGUGUAUAUUAUUAAAUUUUUGUAAGAUCUGCCUUUUAACUUUGUUUCCAUGACUCAACAGUCAUGGCAUUACUAAAAAUCUUUGUUCUGCUCUCAUUUCUCCCCACUGUUUUCCUGGUUAUCUUGAAUGGACCCUUUACCUAUCUGUAUUAGUCGCUUUUCUCGUUGCAGUGACAAAAAUACCCAACAAAAGCAACUUCAGGAAGGAAGGGUUGAUUUUGACUCCCAGUGGGAGGGUGCAGUCCAUCAUGACGGGGAACCCAUGGUGGCAGGAGCCUGCCACAGCUGCUCACAUAGGACCUAGAAAAUAGAGCGAGAUGUGAUGGUGCCCAGAUAGCUAUUUGCUUUCUAGUCAGUCUGGGAUCCCCACCGGUGGGAUGGUGCUGAAAUACUUCUAUAGGCAAAAAGCCUGGCUGUGUCCAAAUAUGUCUGUGUUAAGUGACCUAAAGAAGAUUAAGAAAGAACCCAACCCACUUAAGCUAAUGUAAUAGCAGGAGGAGUAGGCCUGAGUUCUAUACUGUUUUAUUUUAUUGGUUAUUGACACAGAGGGGGUAAACUGUCUAGUGUCUGGUGAGAAAAUGGCCAGGAAGAAUACUGAAAUUCCGAGGGCAGAAAAAUGGUUCACACAAUCGGAUAUGUCAGCUAAGUGGGCUGAGGAAGCAUGAAUAGGUAUGGUCUGAGGUAGAAUCCAGCCCUGGCUCUUGUCUCCUCUUUCUCUGAUGCCUAGAUUCCUACCCUUUCUGCUUAAGGUUUCUUGGUCUGGGGUGUGACCUUUAGACUGUUGUACAAGGUUCCAAUCCCAGGAGCUCAGGCCCAUGGGCACUUGUAUCUUGGGGUAGAGCCAAGUGUCAGCCCUUGCCCGUGUUGACUCUCCUUUCCAAUAGUAUGAUUCUAGAAGCUCCCUACUGUAGUCAUAUCAAAUCUUCUGGUCUUUAGAUCGUCAUGGCAAGCCAGGUCAAGACAUGUCAACUCAAACAUUACCUAUGCUGAGGAAGAACACAGGAACACUUAAGACCAAAAGGAACCAAAGAGGCAGACUACAAACAUGUUCUCGGAAAUAUCGCAAGGCAUCUAUAGCCAGAAUUGCCUAUUCGAGCCAAUAUUUUGUCAUUAGUCAUUCUUUGGUGGACUGGCAUUGUCUUAGUCUCCUCUCUACUGCUGUGGUGAGCGCCAUGACAGGAAGCAGCCUGCGGGGGAAGAAGGUUGUCCUUGGCUUACAGCGAGAUGAAUGGUGGUGCCCAGUCAUCCCAGUCGUAGAAGGCAGUCAAGGCAGGAACUGCAGCAGAGGGAGCUGAGCAAUGUUGCCUAAUGGCUUGUUCUCAGGCUUGCAUUAGGCUACCUCCCAGGAUCACCCUUCCAGACCUGGCGUGAACCAUGGUGAGUUGGGCCCUCCACAUCAAUCACUAUUCAAGAAAAUACCCCAUACACUUAGCUGUUGAGAACAUUGCGAAUGACUGUGGGGCUGGCCUGAAGCUAAGAAGGGCUCAAAGCAUGCCUGAAACCCUGGAUUUUCUCCUCCUGAGAGUAGAAAGAGGUUGGCUGCUCCUGUGCUUUGCCUGGGCACCCACAGACCCCAGCAGAUAGCUUUCCCAGGCGAGGACGAUGCCACGGUCCAUGUAGCAACUGAUAAAAGCUCAUGCAUCUCCAAGACUCGGAGGAUUGUCUGCUGUUUAUCUGACCACUGAAACAUCUUGGGCUGGACUUUCUUUCUUUUCGAUGUGACCUGAUGAUGUUCCUUCCCUGCUACUCCCAAGCAUGCAAAUGAAGCAUCCUCAAGUUCUUGCCUCAACCAAUAACAUACCACCACAUGGAUCCAACCAGUCAGUUUUCCUGGAGUAUAACUAUCCCGUCCCUACCUAAUAAACAAGCUGUCUUCA